UUUAAAUCAAUUUGUCUUUCUCUUCUUUUAUCUCCGAAAUAAAAAGCUUAAUUGUUCUUCCAACUACUCUGCAAUUAAAUCGGUAGAGUGAGGCAUUGUCCUUCUUUUUCUCCCUCUGUUUUUUUUUUUUUUUUUUCCUAUCAUCUCUGAGAGUUUUCUCGAGAAACUUUUGAGUGUUUAGCUACUAGAUUCUGAAUUACGAAUCAUGGAAGGAAUUGAUCACCUCGCCGAUGAGAGAAACAAAGCAGAGUUCGACGUUGAGGAUAUGAAGAUCGUCUGGGCUGGUUCCCGCCACGCUUUUGAGGUUUCCGAUCGAAUUGCCCGCCUUGUCGCCAGCGAUCCGGUAUUUGAGAAAAGCAAUCGAGCUCGGUUGAGUAGGAAGGAGCUGUUUAAGAGUACGUUGAGAAAAUGUGCCCAUGCGUUUAAAAGGAUUAUCGAGCUUCGUCUCAAUGAGGAAGAAGCAGGAAGAUUGAGGCACUUUAUCGACCAGCCUGCCUAUGUGGAUCUGCACUGGGGAAUGUUUGUGCCUGCUAUUAAGGGGCAGGGUACAGAGGAGCAGCAGAAGAAGUGGUUGUCGCUGGCCAAUAAGAUGCAGAUUAUUGGGUGUUAUGCACAGACUGAGCUUGGUCAUGGCUCAAAUGUUCAAGGACUUGAGACAACUGCCACAUUUGAUCCCAAGACUGAUGAGUUUGUAAUUCACACUCCAACUCAGACUGCAUCCAAAUGGUGGCCUGGUGGUUUGGGAAAAGUUUCUACUCAUGCUGUUGUUUACGCUCGUCUCAUAACUAACGGAAAAGACUACGGUAUCCAUGGAUUCAUCGUGCAACUGCGAAGCUUAGAAGAUCAUUCUCCUCUUCCGAAUAUAACUGUUGGUGAUAUCGGGACAAAGAUGGGAAAUGGAGCAUAUAAUUCAAUGGACAACGGGUUUCUUAUGUUUGAUCAUGUUCGCAUUCCUAGAGAUCAAAUGCUCAUGAGGCUGUCAAAAGUUACAAGAGAAGGAGAAUAUGUUCCAUCGGAUGUUCCAAAGCAGCUGGUAUAUGGUACUAUGGUGUAUGUGAGACAAACAAUUGUGGCUGAUGCUUCCAAUGCACUAUCUCGAGCAGUUUGCAUAGCUACAAGAUACAGUGCAGUGCGGAGGCAAUUUGGCGCACAUAAUGGUGGCAUUGAGACACAGGUGAUUGAUUAUAAAACUCAGCAGAACAGGCUAUUUCCUCUGCUAGCAUCUGCAUAUGCAUUUCGAUUUGUUGGAGAGUGGCUAAAAUGGCUGUACACGGAUGUAACUGAAAGACUGGCGGCUAGUGAUUUCGCAACUUUGCCUGAGGCUCAUGCAUGCACUGCAGGAUUGAAGUCUCUCACCACCACAGCCACUGCGGAUGGCAUUGAAGAAUGUCGUAAGUUAUGUGGUGGACAUGGAUACUUGUGGUGCAGUGGGCUCCCCGAGCUGUUUGCUGUAUAUGUUCCUGCCUGCACAUACGAAGGAGACAAUGUUGUGCUGCAAUUACAGGUUGCUCGAUUCCUCAUGAAGACAGUCGCCCAGCUGGGAUCUGGAAAGGUUCCUGUUGGCACAACUGCUUAUAUGGGCCGGGCAGCACAUCUUUUGCAAUGUCGUUCUGGUGUUCAAAAGGCUGAGGAUUGGUUAAACCCUGAUGUUGUACUGGAAGCUUUCGAAGCUAGGGCUCUCAGAAUGGCUGUUACGUGUGCCAAAAAUCUCAGCAAGUUUGAGAAUCAGGAACAAGGAUUCCAAGAGCUCUUGGCUGAUUUGGUUGAGGCCGCUAUUGCUCAUUGCCAAUUGAUUGUUGUUUCCAAGUUCAUAGCGAAACUGGAGCAAGACAUAGGUGGCAAAGGAGUGAAGAAACAGCUGAAUAAUCUGUGUUACAUUUAUGCUCUUUAUCUCCUCCACAAACAUCUCGGCGAUUUCCUCUCCACUAACUGCAUCACUCCCAAACAAGCCUCUCUUGCUAACGACCAGCUCCGUUCCUUAUACACUCAGGUCCGGCCUAAUGCGGUUGCACUUGUGGACGCCUUCAAUUACACCGACCAUUACUUGAACUCGGUUCUUGGCCGUUACGACGGUAAUGUGUACCCAAAGCUCUUUGAGGAAGCGUUGAAGGAUCCAUUGAACGACUCGGUGGUUCCUGAUGGGUACCAAGAAUACCUUCGACCUGUGCUUCAGCAGCAACUUCGUACCGCUAGGCUCUGAAGAGUUUUCUUUGCUUGAUACUCGAUAUGGUUAAUCACAUUAGACUUGCUUCGUCCUUCUUCUUCGUCUUCUUCUUCUUCUCGCUUUGAAUAAUUUCGCAGUUUAAAAACUGGCGAUGCCCUUAUUUAUAUGUAGCAAUGUAAUAGUUAAUGUACGAUCGUCAUAUGGCGGAAUUUUAGUACUAUUUUUCGUUUUCAAUGCAACAUUAAUACAAUUGAUCGUUUCUACUCUGAGAAGGAUAUGUGGGAUAUUUGUAAUCUUCGUAUAUAGUCCAAUCACAUAUAUUGACAUUUCUCUAUUGCUUUCGUUAAGAUUGUAUUAUGUAAUAUAUAGGGUUAGGGUUACUUAGGCAAAGUUAUUUCAGAAAUUAUGCAACUUCCAUUGUAGAAAUUUUUU